UACAUCCAUCUUCCGGACCAUUCCGAGACUUGUGUUAUAUGUUUUGACGACAUUGAUUCUGAUGUCAUGUUUUCUGUUGACAAAUGCAGUCAUCGAUUUUGCUUUGAAUGUAUGAAACAUCAUAUAGAGGUGAAGCUGCUUGAGGGAACGAUACCGAAUUGUCCUCAGCAUCGCUGCAAGUCUCAGCUAUCUAUUGAUAGUUGUAGCAAGCUUUUGACUCUAAAGCAGAGUCUUGCGUGGAAACAGAGGAUUAAAGAGGACUCAACUCCUUUUACAGAAAAGGUUUACUGUCCAUACCCAAGAUGCUCGUAUCUAAUGUCCAAAACCGAGCUAUCUACAUGUUCUGACGCUGGACUUAGGACAUGCUUUAAAUGCAGUGGCUCCUUCUGUGUCCACUGCAAAGUUCCAUGGCAUAGUAAGCUAUCGUGCACCGCGUUCAAGAAAUGGCAUCGUCCUCGCAAUGAUGAUGCAGAGUUUAUAAAGUCUCUGGCAAAGUUUAAUGGGUGGCGUCAAUGUGCCAAGUGCCAACAUAUGAUUGAACAUUCAAGCGGAUGUGCCCGCGUAAAAUGCAGGUAUGCAUGUGUGGAUAUGUUUUUUGUUACAACUGUGGAGUCGAAUGGUACAGCUCAAUUCAUAAAGAUUGCAUACAUUUUAGGGAGCAUAAUCUUGCUAUGA